UUCCAAUGGCCGGAAGUAAGCACCGGAAGGACAGUCGGCAGGCGUAUAAACAAAAGUGACCCUGGAGUUAUAGUGUAGGGGCUUCUUCGAUAUCAAAACCAUGGGGAAUACAAGCAGCGAGCGGGCCGGCCUCAACAAAGGACGCAGGGACAGCACAGGGGGUUCGGGGAAAGGAGAUGACCGGACUAAAAUCCUAAUAGACAGCCCGGAGGAUGCUGUAAUGUUCCCGGCUCAGGCGAGCAAGGCUCCCCUAGAGAAGGAAGAGUUUCUAGCCUGGCAACAAGAUUUAGAAGUAAAUGACAAGACACCCUCUCAGGCACGUCCUACAGUUUUUCGCUGGACUGGUGGAGGGAAGGACAUUUAUUUAGCUGGGUCAUUUAAUAACUGGAGCAAGAUUCCGCUCACCAAAAGCCAUAACAACUUUGUUGCAAUAUUAGACCUUCCAGAAGGUGAACAUCAGUACAAAUUUCUUGUAGAUGGUCAGUGGACUCACGAUCCUGCUGAGCCUGUAGCGACCAGCCAACUUGGCACAGUAAAUAAUGUAAUUCAAGUGAAGAAAACAGACUUUGAAGUUUUUGAUGCCUUAAUGGUGGAUUCUUUGAAGGGCUCUGAUUUGUCAGAGUUAUCCAGUUCACCACCUGGCCCAUAUCAACAAGAUCCUUAUAAUUGUAAACUAGAAGAACGCUUUAAAAAUCCACCCAUCCUCCCUCCCCAUUUACUACAAGUUAUUCUUAAUAAAGACACAGGCAUUUCGUGUGAUCCAGCCUUGCUCCCAGAACCUAACCAUGUCAUGCUGAACCAUCUUUAUGCACUCUCAAUUAAGGAUGGCGUAAUGGUGCUAAGUGCAACACACCGUUAUAAGAAGAAAUAUGUUACCACAUUGCUGUACAAACCAAUAUAAUGUCUUUUUAAGGGACACUUGGCUGUUAAUUUACACAAUUUUUUUUUCCUUUUCACUUUUUUACAUAUUAAAAUCAUAUCCUAUUUAACAAUAUAUUUAUACCUGGCAGUUAUAUUAGUUUGCUUAAUUUUGUAAAGUUGCACCUAAACCUAUGAAUGUGUUGGUGAGUUAUUCAUCAAUACAUUUAUGGUGUCUUGUGCUCACUGCACUGGAUUUUAUUUCUUUUUGGGGGUUACCAAUCAUCCACUUUUGUCAAGCAAUUAGUGCAUCAUGCAGGGUAAGGAAGUGUCCAAGAUUUUCGAUUUUGUCUUAUUAAUGUAAACACUGAGCAUGUAUGGAGAUAACUGGUAUGAUGUAGUUUCAAGGGUCCGUAAUAAUUCUAUUGCAUAACACAAAGCACAUGCUUGAGCAAGAGAGAAUGAGUUGGAUCUUUCUUUGUAAAUCUCCAAUAUGUGUUCAAAAAGUGAUGUUUCAUUACUACAAGUACCAAAAAAAUAAUCAGAAGUCUAAAAUCCACCUACCUCUGCUGACUAUACUGAGUCUGGUGCUGCCUUUUUGAAAUAUGUAAUAUUUGUUCAUACCCCCACCCACCCAUCUAUUGCCGCCUGUGAUUCUGCUUGUUUCUGUGUAUGGUUCAGGUUUAAGGCAAAAUAGGCCACACAAACAGCAAUAGGACCAUGUUUUAGAACUGAAAACUCUCCUGAGCUAAUUUAGUAAAUGUAUACAGUGGCAAACACAACCUUUAAGUGUCCAAAAACAAAGUAAUAAAAUGUAACAAGGUGCUAUAAAACCUCCCUUAGGCACAGAGUCCAUCCUGAAGAUUUCCUAAGAUCUUCAAAUGUAAAUGCAAAGCAUAUAGAAGUGAUUACUUUUAUUGCCAAAUUAAAGCCUUCAGAAAUGCUAAAUAUAUCAAACAGUGUCUCUAGAUAUCAUCCAGCCUCUGUUAUAAUGGACCAUAGAUGUUAAAAGAGAAAAUGCAAAAUAAAGUGUAAGAUAUUUUAUUCUCUUGCAUAUAGGUUUAAAACGGCAGAUGUAGCGGUAAAAGUAUGUGCUAAUCUAGUCCUAUGCAUUCAUCCCUCUUCAGGUAGAGUAAUUGCUUUUACACAAGACUAACUGUCCAAACAAUUAGGUAACCACCCAUAUGAUUUGUAAAUCAUGAUAACUGUAUGUUACUAUUGGCAAAUGUCUUUUUUGGAAGGAUGUUAUUAAAAUUUAUAUUGCACUAAAUGCAUAUAGAAAGGAGAGAUCUUGAGCAAAUACUUGCUGUAUUUAAAAUCUGUUCUGUCUUAUGUGGCACUUCCUAAGUGCUGGAGGGCUGUACAGUAUUUUGAAUUGUAAAGGGUUCCACUGCCAAUUAGUACUCUAAUGGUUAAAUGGUGCACAAGCGACACAAUGUCUAGUGCCAGUCUUUUGUCUAUACACUCUGCAGCUAGUAUGUAGUUAUUACUUGGUUUUGGCACAAUUUUUGACACUAGUUAUCUCUGCAAUCUCUAUUUUUGGAUAAUAACUUGUGUUAGCAAUGUCCUGUUCUACAGAUUUUGUCCUUUUUUGAUAAGGAGAUCAUAUCAGCUGGAACACAACCAACUUAAACAGUACAAAUGUACUUAUUAUCUGCAAAGCAGAAUUGACUUCCAUCUCAGGGACAUCUUUGACUCGUCCCUCCCCUCUCAUUAUGGAUUUAUCAUAUCCAAAGUUCUGUUUUGUGUUUUUUUGUUUUUGUUUUUUGGGGAAGGCGGG